AUGAGUCAACUUCAAGCAGAUAGUUUACCACAAUUAACAGAUGUAGAUAAAAUUCUAUCAAAUUGUGAAAAACUUAAAAAGUUAAUGGAAAAACAUGAACAAAGUAUAAAACAGGCAGCAUUAAGUUUAGCAAAUGUUUUAGGUGAUGACCCAAACAAUAAAGAUAUAAUGGAUAAUAUUGACAAAUCUUUUCUCACAACAAUAGCAUUAGAAGAUGCAGUCAUUACAUACAGUAGAAAUGCUGCAAAUUUAAAAAGUCAUGUAGAAAGAGCGACAAGAGGUAAUUUAAAUUCACAAGAUAGAAUUGGAUUAGGAGAGAAUUUAGCAGAUAAAUAUUUAAAAGAUGAUUAUAAGAAACCAUUAAAUUUAGAGAGAUCAAAGACAAGUGUAAAAUAUAAUAAUUUAAAAAGAGAGGUACAUAGUGUAAAUCAUUCUACACCAUUGGAUGGAUUAAAUGAUGAAGAUGAAGAUUUGGUUGUAGCAUCUCAAACUAUUAGUAUUAUAUGUCCAUUAUCACAGGCAACUUUAGUUGAACCAGUUAGAGCUGAACAGUGUUUGCAUGUUUUCUCUAAAGCUAUCAUAUUUCAAAUGUUUAAAAACUCUGCUCAAAUUCCAUGUCCAAUAGCUGGUUGUGGUCGUCAAAUUGCUAAAACUCAAUUAAAGAGAGCAAUAGAUGUUGAAGAAACUGUUAAAAAAGAACUUAGGAGAAAAGAAAAUCAACAAAGAAGAAAUGAUGAUGAUAUUACUGAAGUAUAA